CUGUUUUAAAUUUCUGAAGGAUUUUUCAGACUAACAAUGAUGAAUUUCUUUCAAGUAUUGAUAUUAGUUGGAUUGGGGUUGCUGGAGAUCUGCUUAAGUGAAGACGGACACACAAAACAUGAUGGAAUGCAACCAAAGGAAGUGAACUAUAAGAAAUUUAUCGGUGAAAGACAGUAUGCAGUGCCAUUUAAAACUCGAAUUAGCCAGCCAUUCCAAGAAGGACAGACCAUUCAUGGAGUUGGCAUGAUAAAACCUGAUGCCAAGAGGAUUGAUAUUAAUUUCCACAAAGGUGCAGGUAAGGAUGUUGAUCUACCGCUACAUCUCAGUAUCCGAUUUGAUGAAGGAAAAAUGGUUUAUAAUUCAUACGUGGGCGGUAUUUGGAGCAGUAAGGAACAACGACUAAAAAAUCUUUUCAAGCCAAAUACAGAAAUGGAUAUUCGAAUUCGCAUUAUCAAUAGUAAAUAUCAAAUAUUUGCAAAUCGUGUGGAAGUGGGUACGUUCGAACAGCGAGUACCACUAGAUGGGGUGGAUCACGUAUCGAUUAAUGGUGAUUUGGUUAGUCUUCGAUUAUUCCACUACGGUGGUCGAGUAUUUCCGAUACCAUAUACCGCGGUCGCCGAAGUUGUCCCAGGAAAACGACUGGACAUUUCUUUAUUGCCAACCGGCCAACGAUUUAAUAUCAAUUUAUACAACAGUAAUCGACAGUAUGCAUUGCAAAUAUCCAUAAGAUUCAAUGAAGGUAGUGUGGUACGCAAUGCGAUGACGAAUAAUGCUUGGGGACGGGAAGAACGGGAAGGCGCGAUGCCGAUUGUCAAAGCGGAAAUUGCCGAUAUAACGAUUAUCAAUGAGAGAUACAGCUUCCAGAUUUUCUUCAACGGUGUUCGCUUUACGACAUUUGCGCACCGUGGCUCGCCAGAUGAUAUUAAAACUUUGGAAAUUGAUGGUGAAUGUGAAAUAUUUUCUGUCACAGUUAAUGAUGCAGUUGGUGUAUAAUAGAGUCUUCCAUCUAUAAUCUAUCUUUUACUCUCUCUUAUCAAACUCUGGUAGCGUUUAUCAUUUAUUUGAAGCAGCACUUCUUUUGACAUAUGUCCAUUUCAUAGUUUACCAUUUCUCUUGCAUUUUAAAAGCCAAGGCAUAUCCAUCAUGAUUUUUCUCAAUCAAUAGUACUGAAAACUAGAUGAAGCCAGUUUAUCACAUUUAGCUAGCAUGUUUUAAAACGAAAAAUUCUACUUUGAGACGAUUAAUUUCCUUACGUUUACCUUACAAAUAUUUUCAAUUCGUGCGGAUUUGACGUACAAGUUUAAAUUGCCUUUCCUUCAUGCAAAAAAGCGUAAAUUUUAUGUUCAACACGUGAAAAAAAGCGAUUACAUGUGACACACACACACACACACACACACAC